CACGGCCGCCGUUGAGGUCAGUCACGGUUUGGCGUUAUGAACGCGUGCACGGCGGACGCCUUCGCACCACCGCCUCUGUCACCAUAUAGUCACCAUCGUUGCUACAAUAGUCGUCGGCGACCGUCUUCGUCACCGCGACGGAUCACCAGUAAGCGGCCGUGCAGGUUGGCGUACAGGCACUGCGGGUGCCGGCCACAAUGAUGGCCGCGGACGGCGGAGGGCUGAACGUGCCGUACGCCGUUCUCGAGGGCCUGGUGGCCGUCGGAGCGACCAUCGGCAACGGGCUGGUGAUUGUGGCCUUCCACAGGGAACGACGACUCCGCCGGCGCACCAACUAUUACAUCGUGUCGCUGGCGGUCGCCGACCUGUUGGUCGGUCUGGUGGGCAUACCUUGCGCCGUGCUGUCCAGCGUCGGGCUGCCCCGUCACUUGCACCUGUGCAUGUUCUCCGUGUCGCUAAUAAUCGUCCUGUGCACGGUGUCCAUACUCAGCCUGGUGGCCGUGUCCGCCGACCGGUACUGGGCCAUACUUUACCCGAUGGCCUACUCAACGAACUCGAACACCAAAAUCGCAAUCAGCAUAAUAUGUAUUUGCUGGAUAAUGGGUCUGCUGAUAGGUUUCUUGCCACUUAUGGGCUGGAGAGCCGCCAAAGGUCCAACAUUGGAUGCAUGCGAGUUCAGUCGCGUGAUGGAUUAUAACUACUUGGUGUUUUUAUACUUAGCGACUAUUAUUUUACCUGCGUUGUUUAUGGCCACUUCCUAUGCUCAUAUUUAUACAGUCGUAAUAAAACAAAUCAAACAAAUGACGCUGUUGAACGGCGGCCAACGCGGCGGCAACAGUCCGACGAAACUGCGUGUGCUGGGCGCGGCCCGGAAAAGCGAGGUGAAGGCCACACAGAACCUGUCGAUAAUCGUCGCGUUCUUCGCCGUCUGCUGGAUGCCGCUGUACACCAUCAACUGCGUGCAGGCGUUCUGCGACGAGUGUCCCGUGCCCACGUCCUUCAUGCACGGCUGCAUCGUCCUGUCGCACCUCAACUCGGCCGGCAACCCGCUGCUGUACGCGUACCACCUGAAGGACUUCCGGAACGCGUUCAAGUCGCUGCUGCUUUGCAAGAAGAGCCCGGUGCACCGGAACCCCGCGCCGUCGCGGUCAGGCUGCUGCACCACCGUGGCGGCCGUCACCGGCGGUGGCAGCGGAACCGCGGUCAACGGUAACGAUUGUUCCGGCAGCUCGUCGCUGACAUGUUCGGGCAGUUCGUCCCUGUCGACCGUCGUCGACUGUUGGCGCCGGCCUGCCAAGAACGCUCGGCCUGCCGCCGACGCGGCAAGUUCGGCUGCAGGGGACCCGCGGUCCACUGUCAAACAGCAGGCCCACCACGAGAUUGUCGCGUGGCCCGCCGACUCUGUCAACCGCGUCGGCGGCAGCUGCAACGCGAUCGCAAUAAUCGACCCGUCCGCGCCCGUGUUGCUGUCGGUCCGUCAGCUCGCCGAGUGAACAUCUCGGCGUUUGCGUAUACAAUAAUACAGUCGACUCUCGGUAACUCGAAAUUCUCUACAUCUCGAAUAAAUAAAAUUCCCCUUCAAAUAACAAUAACAUUGAGAUAUUGAUAACUCGACAUUUUUAGUAAGUCGAAUUUUUUUUUCCCCUUGAGCUUCGAGUUACCGAGAGUCGACUGUAAUAUAUAUGACUAAUGAAUAUAUGACGAUAAUAUUAGGGGAGAGUGGUCCACAUUGAGACGAAAAUUGGAUGAUUGUAUCUCAUUAAAAAUAGGAGUACCUACUAAACGAAUCUGGGAAUAACAGUGCUUAUUAUAGCGUAAUAAAUAAUUAUUGAAAACUAUUUAAACCGUUCAAAAAAAUUGAUUUUUUUAAAAAGUAGAAAAUGUCUUAUUGUAGUCCAUGCAUGGUAUAUAGUAUAUAGUAUUGCUUUAUACAUAUAUAUUAUAUACCUACGUAUAGUAUAUGAACAAAACAUAUUUUGUCUUAUUAAAACCCAUAUAUUAUUUUAUUAUGACAUGAUAGUAAUAUUAUCGUUAUCUAUCAGUCUAUUCAUAUUAUAGACGGGCCAAAACGGACGUAUUCAUCGCUAUUGUAUAUCAUGUAAAUAAAGCGAUGUUGAGUCCUUCGCUUGAUUCA